CGACGUUUGACGUCAUCAGCAAGCGCCUCGGUCUACUUCUGCGAUUAGCUCACAUCCAGGUGCAGGCUGCUUUCAAAUGGUAUUUGUAAAUCAAAAAAGACUUUAAAAUGCCUAUGAAAGGAAGGUUUCCGAUCCGGAGGACUCUGGAAUAUCUCCAGAAAGGCGACAUCAUCUUCAAAAACAGAGUGAAGAUCAUGACGGUCAAUUACAACACACAUGGAGAACUCAGCGACGGAGCAAGAAAGUUUGUGUUCUUCAAUAUUCCUCAGAUUCAGUACAAAAACCAGUGGCUUCAAAUAAUGAUGUUCAAAAAUAUGACACCAUCACCGUUCUUGAAGUUCUACCUGGACGAUGGGGAGCAAGUUCUAGUAGAUGUGGAAGGGAAGGACCACAAACAAAUUUCACAACAUGUCAAGAAGAUUUUGGGCAAAUCAGAAGAGGUGUUGCAAGCUGAGGCCCGAGCCAAGAUGCAGGCAUCCAACCCUGCCAACUUUGGGCCCAAAAAGUACUGUCUGAGGGAGUGUAUCUGUGAGGUGGAGGGCCAGGUGCCGUGUCCUGGCAACACGCCGCUGCCCAAGGAGAUGACGGGCAAAUAUCGUGCCCAGAUGGCAGCAUCACAUGAGUGAGGAGCUGAGAACCGGACAAUACGGCACUGGUGAUUUUAUAUAAGGACUACCACAUUGCAUAUUUUGUUGUAAAUUAGUGUUACUAAAUGGGCCCCACUAUGCUGUGCAUUGUGAGAACGCCACUGGCUGGACUGAGACCCUCCAGCCCACGUGAGCAGCAGA